AUGAGUUUUGUAAAUUGUCUGUCUGUCUGUCCCUCCCUUUCUCACAGUUUCUGUUCAGUCUGCUCGCGUCUCUCUGUCAACGGCAUUCUAUUCACGUCUGUCAAUAUAUUUGCAUCUGUCUGUCUGUCUCAUUCUAUUCGCGUCUGUUUGUCUCAUUCUAUUCGCGUCUGUUUGUCUCAUUCUAUUUGCGCCUGUCUGUCUGUCUCAUUCUAUUUGCGCCUGUCUGUCUGUCUGAUUCUAUUUGCGCCUGUCUGUCUGUCUGAUUCUAUUUGCGCCUGUUUCCGUCUCCCUUUCUUUUGUUCUUUCUUUCUUUCUUUUUUACUUUCUUUCUUUCUCCCUUUUCCUCAGUCCCUCUUUCAAAGAUUUUUCUCUUUCUUUUUAUUUUCCCCACUCCUCAUCCUCCCAUAUACUUCCUUUUUUUUCUCACUAUUUUCUCUUUUUUCUUUUAUCUCUCUGUUUAUCUUCUCUCCUUCCACAACUUCAUUUCUGAAAAAAAAAAAAACUUCCCUUUCUCCUCAUUCUCUUUCUUUCUAUUCUCCUCCCACCUUUGUUUUACUUCACCUCUUCCUGUUUCUCCUCCCACCUCUGUUUUACUUUACCUCUUCCUGUUUCUCUUGCAACCUUUGUUUUACUUCACCUCUUCCUGUUUCUCCUCCCACCUUUGUUUUACUUCACCUCUUCCUGUUUCUCCCCCCACCUUUGUUUUACGUCUCCUCUCUCAUCUCAUUCUUCUAUUUUUGCUUUACUUCUCUCUCCUCAUCCUCUUCCUCUUAUUCUCCUCUGCCUUUCUUUUCAUUCUCUUCCCCCGUUUCUCCUUCCACUUUUGCUUUACUUCUCUCUCUCCUCAUUCUCUCCAUCUUAUUCUCCUUCCAUUUUUGCUUUAAUUAUCCUCUCCCUUUCUCCUUAUCCUCUUCCCCCACUUCUCUUUUCCUUUUCUCAUUUUUUUCGUCAGUUUCUCUUUCCCUUUUUUCUUUCAUUUUCUUUUUUUCUGUUCAUUUCUUUUCCUUCUCUUUUGCUUUUUUAUUUUUUUUUCAGUUUCUCUUUCUUUUCUUUAUUUCCCUCUUUCUUCUCAUUCUCCUUCCUAUCUUGCUUAUAAAUUGCUUUACUUUCUUUUGUACCUUUCUCUUCAUUUCUUCCUACUUUUGCGUUACUUCUUCUCUCCAUUUUUUUCUCAUUCUCUUCCUCCGUUUCUUGAUAUUUUCUCUCCCUUUUUCUCUGUCUCCGAUUCUCCUCCCACCUUCACUUUACUUUACCUCUCCCUUACCCUUGAAGUUGCUCCCCUACCACCACCACCACCACCAACACCAAGUCUCCUUGCCCACUGGUGCCGGACCAUUCUGCUUGUGA